AUGAACAAAUACUCUUCCGCGGCUUCAAGCAAGCCUUCGGCGGUGGAACUUUCAUCGUUGCUGUUUGCGAUUCUUCUUCUUCCGAUCUGGUUUAAUUCGAUUCAUGUGCUGGCGGAUACGGUGACAGCAUCGGGGAGUGUUGGGCGAGGGCCCGUGCCUGCUGCAAGCAACACCGUUGCAGCAUCUGGAGCUGUUUCACGCGCAAUCCCUCCACCGGCCAUACCUGCAAAUUCUGUAACCCAGGUCGCAGCUUCAGGAGCUGUACAGAGGGCGACUCCGGUUCCUGCCACCAACCCGCCCACACUUUCGCCGUCACCUCUCCCCACAGUCCUACACAGCAGCCCUCCCACAUUUACUCCUCCAACGCCAAAGCCGACAACGACACCAUCAGAGCUACCCACGCAAAUCGCUACCCCGCUGCCAACUCAAACAACAACCACUCUCAGUCCAACUCUACCACCAACAGGAAUAGGAACCAACCCUCCCACAAAACAGCCUGCUCCUGACAGCGUAGAGAACAAGCUGAGCCCGGACUGGCUCAACAUUUUCACGGUUGACAAUUCGCCCACAGAAGACCCAACUGGGUUUCCCACGGAGGCCCCAUCAAAUCCACUAAAAGGACCCCAAACAACGGCACCUACGGAGCCGCGGACAGUUCCACCAGCUAUAAACAGUGUUGCCGAAUAUCUAAGCCCUGACUGGGCCAAUAUCUUGGGGAUUACAAAAGAACCAUCAGAUGCACCAACAAUCGCACCAACACAGGAGCAAUCAUCAGUGCCAACUAAUACACCCACAACAGAACCACCAACGGUCUCACCCACAAGGGAGCUCACAUCAGAGCCAACAGAGGUACCCACAAAGGCGCCAACAAAUGCACCAUCAGAGCCUGAAACAAAACCACCUGCCAUCAAGACUGCUGAGAAGUAUCUCAGCCCUGUUUAUGCCAACGUGUUGGGUGUCACAAAGAUGCCAACAGAACAUCCAACUGUCUCACCAACACAGGAUCCAUCAUCGGAUCCAAGCAUGACACCCACAACAGAACCACCAACAGUCUCACCAUCUGGGGAGCCUACACCAGCUCCAAGUGUCCCACCCACAACAGAAAAACCAACAGUCCCACCGUCUAAGGACCCAACACCAGCUCCAAGUGAUCUCCCACAACUGAACCACCAACAGUCUCACCAACUGAGGAUCCAACCUCAGCUCCAAGUGAUACACCCACAACAGAACACCAACAGUCUCACCAUCUGGGGAGCCUACACCAGCUCCAAGUGUCCCACCCACAACAGAACCACCAACAGUCUCACCGUCUGA